AUGGCCUCAGUACGGUUUAGCAAGGACUUUGGAUCCGAACGCCUCCUCUACCGUGCAGUGGAGGAUUCCGAAGAGGAUAAGGCAUUCUUCCACAAUGCGCUCGAUAAUGAUCCCACUAGUCAGGCAAUGGUAUCAAUGUCUCUCAACCGCCCAAUCAGCAAAAAGAAUGCUGAAAACCACAUCAAAGCCAUGCAGGAUUGUCUGCUCGCAGUGAUUAUUAGCCUUCGUCCUCAAGAGUCUAAAAAAGGCUCACCUCCCGCGGGUGAGGCGCAAACGCCAGACCCAGCCCACAAGGAAGCUAAGCCUAUUCCUAUUGGUCGCCUGGCUCUUUCUUACCACCGUGGUGGGGGUGAUUCGGCAUUUUCUCGCCAUCGCGCCGCAAUGUUGGGUAUAUCACUCAUAGAUGGAUUUAGUGGGAAAGGGUACGGCACUGAAGCUAUUAGCUGGGGUCUUGACUGGGCUUUUGAACAAGCUGGCCUUCAUAGAGUUUGCCUAUGUGUGUUUUCUUAUAAUACUCGUGCAAUAGAGUUGUACCGCAAACUUGGUUUUGUGGAGGAAGGGCGAGAACGGGAGGCUGUAUUUUAUUGUCGGAACUGGCAUGAUGUUGUUUUGUUUUCUAUGCUGGAGCAUGAAUGGGAGAAGUUAAGGGGGGUUUCUUAG